CAGACUUUUCGGCUCUGAUGGUGACUAUAAUGCUUAGUUUUAUUGUGGGCAUCAUGGGCAAUAGCUUAGCGCUAGGAGUUUUGUACAAAAUGCGCUCUAAUCAUUCCGAAAUGAGAAAAUCUGUAUUUUACGUCCUAGUGGAGGGACUGGUGUGGACAGACCUGCUUGGAAUUCUCCUUACAGCCCCGAUAACUAUCAUUACAUACGUGAUGUACCCAACAAAAUGGCUGUGUGCUCAUCCGCACAUUUGUAAAUUUGGAGCCUUUGCUGGAGCAUUGUUUGGGAUUGUGACUCCGUUGAUCAUAUGCGCAAUGGCAAUUGAACGGUUAUUUUCUAUUAACUAUCCAUACACAUUUUCAGUUUCGUUUACACAAUCCAAGGCAAAACUUUCGUUAAUAGCAUGUUGGGGUGUUGGGCUAUUUGUUGCAUCCCUACCUUUGAUGGGGUUUGGGAAGUACGAGUUGCAAUAUCCACACAUGUGGUGUUUCCUGAACUGGCACGCAGAAACACCACUAGACACAGCCUAUGCGCUGACUUACGCGUCUAUCAACGUCCUGACUAUGUUAACCCUUGUCGUGUCAAGCGUUACUGUGAUAGUGACAUUGCUAAAGAUGCGCACCUAUCGUCGAUCAAGUGUAGGAAGCACACGGCAGUUUUCGAUUUUAAAAAACCCUGAUGUCGCUCAAAAACAGAGAGAGGUGGAGCUGCAAAUGGUCUGGUUCCUAGUCGGGAUAAUGUUCGUGUACGUGGUAUGCUGGUCCCCACUGAUUAUUCAAAUAAUUGCUAAUUCCACAGUCAGAACGAAGAACUACGACUUAGACGUGGUUGCAAUCCGUCUUGCUUGCUUGAAUCAAAUUCUCGACCCAUGGGUAUACAUUUUGUUACGCAGGCGCUGCGUCAGGAAAAUCAGGAGAGUGGAUAUGCGUCCUCGGACACUUCAAAAACCAAAGAUACCUGUGUCAAACCAUUUAAAAGACUUCUUUAUGCUUCUUCCCCUGGAGACUGCAGGUUAUCCUGCGUUUACGAAACUGUCCAUGAAGUAA